AUGAACGAUCAGGACCGUACCUCCAUCCACGAAGCGAUGUAUGCAUUGCAAAAGUAUCGUACUAAGUAGAAAUUGCAUGACAAAUUUUUGUAGAAGGAAAAAUGCAGUUUGUCAUGCUGUUUUACCUUCGGAAGAAGAUGAUUUGUCAUGCAUAUUUGCAAUUAAUACGAGUGCGAUACUUUUGCACAGGAUAUAAUGGAGCAGCAGACCAUUUCCAUCGCGAAGGCCGGCAUCUGCGCGUCGCUGCAGGCCCGGUGCUAUGAAUUGCAAAAAUGUCUGGGUCUGGAAGAUCCUGAAACUUGUCAUGCACGUUUUGCGUGAGGCGUGACGUCAGUGAUGCAUGCCCCAGCAUCACAGAUUUCGCGAGGGCUUCUUGAUGCCUAGUCCACAUGACAAAUGCCCUCUCCGCAUAGCAAAAAUUACGUUCCCUUUGCGGCUCAUGCAAUACAGAUUUUUUUGGAAUCCAAACGCAGCAUCACAAGUUGCAUUCUUCCAGACCCAGACAUAUUUGCAAUCCAUAGGUGCUCCGUGAUUGCGGCGGCAAACCCCCGGCAGGGCCGGUACGAUCCGCAGCUGAACUUCGCCCAGAACGUGGACUUGACGGACCCCAUCUUGUCGCGAUUCGACGUCCUUUGCGUUUUGAAGGACGUUCCGGACACCGGCCGUGACGUGGCGCUGGCGGAUUUCGUGAUCUGCAGUCACAUAUGAAAUGCAAAUAUCCCUGGAUGUCUGGAAACCUGUAAUGCUGAAUGGUCAUGAGUGACAGUACGCCUCUAAGUGCAGUAUUGCAUGACAAAUUUUUCAAACGCUUUCUCAUGCUUAGUGCGCAUUACAAACUGCGGUUUUUCAUGACGAAAGCGAAACAGUAUGGUGCUUUUGUUGCUUUUACGCAAGAAUACAGAUUUUUCUGGAGUUGUCCUGGCCAGGCAAUACAAGUUCAACCUUUAUAAUUCCAGACCCAGACAUAUUUGCAGCUGAUAUCCCAUCCGCUCACACCCGGACUGCGACGAGCAGACCAAGAAAAAUUUGAAAUCGAAGGGCAGCGGAUUCCGCUCCACGAUCGAACCCUUGGAACAAAACAAGCUGCGAAACUACAUCAUGUACGCCCGGCAGAACGUCAAGCCCACGGUGUCAGAUUUGGACCGCGACAAACUGGCAAGGUUUUACCAGGAAAUCCGACGAGAAGCCGCCGGGAACAACGCCAACGGCACUGUCAUGACGGUAAUACUUCAUUUUUGUCCGGGUAGUUUCUUUACGUUAGUGCCUUGCAUGACUGAGUGCCGGCGCCACUCUUGGCAAAGGAAAAAAAAACAGCUUCGUUCGUUUUUCAACUUUGAGAACGUUGCCACGUGCGGUCGCUGCACACAAAAUGAGUGCCUACACAAGUAAAGUGCGCUUGCGCACAUACAAGUAUAGUAAAUACCAAGAAAAAUAAAAAUGUUGAAAAUCAGGUCCGUCACGUGGAGAGUAUGGUCCGGAUGGCGGAGGCUUUCGCGAAGAUGGAGCUGCUAUCAACUGUAAAAAUGUCUGGGUCUGGAAGAUUCUGAGAUUUGUCAUGCAUAUUUCGGAUCACGCAAAUGGCGUCUGAUGCAGGCAAAAGCAUCACAGGUUUUGAGCAAGCUUCAUGAUGCCUGUCCCGCAUGAGAAACUUCCUACUUGCGUGCCAAGAAAUGGACAGCUUUUGGCGCUCAUGCAACACAAGUUUUUGUGUGUUCCAGAGUUUGCAUCACAAGUCCCAACCCUUCCAGACCCAGACAUUUUUACAUUUGAUAGCUGCGACACCAGGUGAACAAACGGGAUGUGGAUAACGCCAUCGCGACGAUGCUGGAGUCCUUCUGUCAAACGCAAAAACACGCCUACGCACAGGAGCUGCGUAAAAAGUUCGGGCACUAUAUUGUCCAGGUAUAGAUAUGAGGGCGGCUCGUUUUCGAUUUCAUCCAGAAAACAUUACAAUGUUAUGUAAUACUCCGGAAUAAUGUCAGAUCAACAUACAUGCUCAACAAAGAAGCGCAAACAAAAUUGUGCUUCAAGAAUCAACACUAUUCUAUGCAGGUGCAAGACCACCAUCAACAGCUGAACGGAUUGCUUUCCCGGCAGCUCACGCGCGCCGAGCUGCUCAUUAAAGACGAGCAGACAAGAGUGGCGCACGUACUUACUUAGUUUCUGUCAACAUUUCUUGCGGUUGGGCUAUAAUUUUCUUGCAUGGCAACGCAGAAAGUGAAAAACUUGAAACAUUGAUUGCGGCCUAAAUGCAACAGCUCAGAAUGAAUGCGUUUAUUUACUCUCCGCGGAUAAAACACUUCCCCAAACUCAGGUGAAAGAAGCAGACUUCGUGAAGGAAGCCAAGCUCUACCUGCUGCAGGAUUCGGUCAAGGAUUACCUGAAGAGCGAUCUUUUCCGAGAAUCUUUUGUCAUCGACGAGGACCUAGGCGGAAUUCGGCGCAUGACCGAAGAAGAGCGCUACCAGCAGGACGACUUUUCUCUGCCGGCCUUCAUCACGCCAAACCGAUGAAGAGAGGCGAGCGCCAAACCGACGAAGGUUGUAGGCGUGCUAACCAGCAGCUCUUUUUCGCAUUUGCUACAGGAAUAAUCGACCUGCAACGUCGCUAAAGGGCGAUCAUAACAUCGAAGUAUUUUAGUUUUAACGCUACAACCAUUUUUUAUCACAAGUAAUCGCAAGAGCUCCGAGCUCUGCUUCUGCUCUUGCAGAAGUUGAACUCGUUGCUGGUAUAAUGUCUAGAUUGAUAAAUUGACACUUAGACGACCUAUUUCAGGUUUGUUUUAGCAUACUAAUCCAAUAGUAGUGGAACAGGGCCAAAGUUGCCCUGAUCGAAGGUGUUUAGAACCCCACAGUAAGUUCAAAAUGGGCGCAGGAAGUAUUAGAGGUGGGGAGACCAAAAGUGUCUCUUCGUCUAGAGGUGGGGGGUUUGAUUUUCAUUUAUGGUAGGAACCUACUAUACCAAUCUGGACACCACAGCAAGGAAACAUUCGAUCGAAUUUGGACUGUUUUUUUGUAAGAUUUUCACGAUAUUUUUUUGGCAAAAUC